CAGCUGCAAAGUAAGGAACAGUUAGAAUCACAUCAGUGGGUCACCGUGUCAUUAGGACAUCGCUAUGGAAACCAUCACUAAAAACGAAGACUCGGGCGCAUUACGAGCGAAGCACUCGUACAAUCCCCGUUACCAUGACGAGCUGGCGCUGACAGUGGGCGAUGAGAUCACCGAUAUCAAGGACGUCGGUAACGGCUGGGUGGUCGGCCACAACAACACCACGGGGAAUACUGGACUGUGUCCAAGAGAGUACCUUCACAGCCCUUGCAGGAGGAGCACGAUGGUCAAGAUUAUGCAUAGAGUGUCGAGCAUUUACACGCACAUGACACAAAACGUCAUGACACCAAAGAGAAGCGACCAGAUGACACUGACGACACUUGGAGGAAGCAGUGACACUCUUGACAUCGAAAUGUCCAGCAACAAUGUACCCGAAAAGAAAAUGUCUGUCGUUCAAGUAUUCUUCCGGGUUAUGUGUGGAAUCCUCUCGAGUCUGUUCCUCGGAUGCCUGAUAUUUGCAGCACUGCUGUACAUAUACAGCUUCACACUCAUUCAGUCUGGAGCAAUAGCAGGGGGGAUAACCCUUCUCAUGGGCAUGUUCCUGAUUUUCUCCCCUUACGUCCGCUGUGUGGCAGCACUGAUGUCAGUAAGCGUCUUCACAAGUCAAGGACGAGCGGCCAUCUUAACUCUCAUCCCAGGCCUUCUUCUUACAGGACCAAUAAUGAACAUGCAGAGAAACAUCAAUGAGGGUUCAGCAUCUAUUGGCUGUGUAGCAGAGGUUGUUAUGAACCAAACACUAGCUCUCCAUAACCAAAUCCUAGACUCCGUAACUUUGCAACGGGAAAACUUGGAGAAUGCCGUCAAAGAAGCCGAGAACCUGACCUUCACCUCGACUGGUCCAGAUCUGAAUACUACGGAUGGCCAAAGCACACCCACGCACAGCAACGAAAGUGUUGUCGAGUGCCUUAGCCGCAUCGAACAGAUGAAAGAAAGAUGCACCAAUCUGACGAAGAUGCAGAAAGAGCCAAAUAUAACAGCCAUCAAAUUACCAUGUCACAAAUUUCCAGGAAAGAAAUGCAAAGAAGUGGAGACGGGAACAUUAAAGACCAACACACUCUGCGCAUCUCUGACAGGAAUAGAGGAACUCUGCUACCCAUCAAGCCGACCCAGAAGAAGCAUCUCACCAAUUAGGAACAGGUUUAAAGGCUUUUCUGACAUGUUUAAUGUCAGACUGAAUAGUACCAAGCUCGUAGACGUCAGAGGAAACACUUCCUUCAGCUUGGUCCAAAAGAUUGAAGACAUCAAGAAGGAAGUGCAGAGGAAGAUGGACCAGGUGGUGCACGUAUUCGGCAUCAUCAACAAACUCCUCAUCAUCUUUGUCCUUCUUGCCUUUAUCAGUGCGGGGAUGUACCUGAGACGAUUCCUCCGGAAGAUUAAGUUUGAUAACAUUUAUAUCACCUCCGAGCUCAAGAGCCUUGAUAAGCAGCUGAGAGCAACGGGCAAAGAGAAUGCUGCCCUUCCUCUUCUGAAACGGGAGAAGAGGAAGUAUAUUAAUUCAACGUCACCGAGAUUGGUCGACUCUGAAUCUUUCGCGUGGAAGGUUGGCAUGUCUCAAGUUGUUCUUCACAUCAUCAUUGCCACCAUCAUCAUCCUUCUGGAUUACGGAAUCUUCUACAUCCUAAUACUUGUGAAGGAGAACGGUGGUGUUGAUAUUGCCUAUUCUGGCGGUGCAACAUUAGCGGUUGAAGUGGAGGGCUCGCAGCCUAUUGCGGUCUUCUUUAAGACCAUACUAGAGAGCUUGAGCACCUCAAACACUUUCAAUAAUACUUUCAGCUUUGAACAAUGCCUGCCAGAAGCUUCACAGGCUCCAAGGAGCAAUCUGUAUAUGAUAUUAACACUCUACACCCUGGUCAUCCUGUUCGUUCUGCUGCAGUCCUAUGGGCUUCGACUGAGACGCAAGAUCGCCGCCUUCUUCUUUCCCGAACGUGAGAUGGAAAGGGUCAGUUUUCUGUGCCGCCAUAUCUUGCUGAAAAGAAAAAUGAGAUCGGCAGAGAGAAAUACAACCAGUCUCAAGGAAUGGCGUCAUUGGUUAAGUCGGAAGUGAUUUAAUAGCUUAACCAUUUUGGUACCAUGAUGUACGGCGUUUUACUGUUUAUAUUUAAUAUAUAUACAAUUUUGGCCUCAAUUUGUUGUGUUGUAAGCUCGACACUGAUGAUGUUAAGUUGUAUGUUGUUCAAUAUUUUUGUGUGUUUUUAGUACCUUCUUUCAUAGAAAUAUUGAUUUAUCGUUUGUUGUGUAACGCCGCACUCAGCAGUUUUCGGCGGUCUGUAAAUAAUCGAGGCGAUGUAGCUAGUGUGCAGAGUUGCGCCAUUUGGUGGUGCCAGCAUCGGCUGGUCGUUGAAUCAAUCCUAUAUUCGCACAGAUUAUCAUCAGUGGUUGGCAGCACCGAACGGAUGCUUUUGUUUGAAACCAAACGUUCGUCACUUUCUCCCCACAUUACGAUGACGACGUGAUGCAACCUAAAUCCGGUUCUAAGCGGCAGUAAGCCGUACUCACUCGAUGUAACGUGAAAACCGUGACUACUUCAUUUAAACUUCUUCAUGUGAUAUGUGUGUGACAAUGUACAAAUGUUUUCAUGUAUUUUCAUAUAAUAUUUCAUUUUCGUAAUGUUGUGAACACGGGUCUGGCUGUUUCUGGAUCUCCUACAAAUAAAAGUAUCAAAAUUCG